AUGGGCGUCUCCUUUCGGUGCUCCGCUCGAUUUUCUAGAUCGAACCUGAAGAUUGAUCAAGACAUUCACGAUUAUUCAUAUUCGUUGGGCACACUCGUGACUGGAGCGUUAUUCGCUCGCCGGGCCGAUCCGUAUCGAAUUUGUCGGUUUCGCUUGCUCGAUUUCAAUUCUCGCGCCCACACUGUGACUGAUGGCACGCAAUCCUUGGCUGACAGCCGUUGGACAGAAAUAGUGUUCACAACUGAACUUCACGAUGAUCAACACACUUGUGCCUCGCCGCACAAGUCUGGGAACCCUCAAACAGUGACAGCGCAAGCAUCAGCUCAGCCUUGGGAUGCAAGACGAGUGCCAGAUCACCAACCUACUGGCCAGUCGUUUUGUUGA